AUGGGGAGGUUUGGGGUUGGGUCUGGGACUGGUGAAACCUCUUCAACUUCAACUCCAGAAACCUCCAGACCACCAACGAUCAUCGAAGACCACCAAACGAUCAUCGAAGACCACCAACCCAUUCGUGCGACCAUCAUCGAAGACCACCAACGAUCGAAGCCGAUUCUUCAUUCUCUCUUUCAGCAGUUCCAACCUAUUCCCCCAAAAUCUGAAACGGCGACGAGCGACGAGCGACGAGCGACGACCAGAAGCGACGACCAGCAACGACGACGAUUGAAGGGUUUAGCACUCUCUUGGGGAAAAAAUCGUAAGAAAAUGACCCCUACCACAAAUUUGCCUUUGAUUUUAGGGUUCUGA